AUGCGCAGGGCUACGGACGUGGCAUACGUCAAAAUGUGGUUUGAGGAUAUGAUGGGCCGGGUGAUGAUCGACCUGGGCGAUCAGCCGCCCCAGGCCGCCACGACGCUCAAGGUGAUCGGUAAUUCGUUCAUCUUCAAUAUGGUCGAAGCUGUAGCGGAGAGAGAUGUUCUGGCCGAAAAGACUGGCCCAGUGAGUGCCGCACUUCACCAGUACCUCCAGCUCUUCCUCCCGGCUAUUUAUACGUCUUACUCACGUCGCAUCAUGACGGGAGACUAUUGGAGUCGCAAUCUAGCCAUGGUUCUUAUAUUAUUAUCCAAAAAUGUAGAAAGUAAAGAGAGAGACUAUCGUUAUGACAAAAUGAGCUUCUAUCCGCACAAGAGCAGAUGA